AUGUCUACGAAGAUUUUUGAAGCUUACAAGAAGAGUAAAAGAACACCAAAUUUUUAUGGCUUUCAUAGCUUUCUUGAUCCGGGUUGUCCAAUUAAACCAACGGGUCCGUUUCGAGAUAAUGUUCGAUUGUAUCUUCAACAAUGUGCUGAGCUUGAGGAGUAUACAGUAGAAGGAAUGCAAAUUUGGAGUACAUUUUUAGUGCAUAAAAACAGAGGCGUUGUGAUUCCUCUCUAUACCAUUGAAGAAAACGUGAAGAAUAAUGAUAGAAGUUUUUGUGAUCACUGUAGAUGUGCUGGUUGGAGUCAUCAUUUUGUUUCAAAGAGGAAGUACCAUUUGAUUAUUCCAGCUGAUUGUGAAUGGAACCAGCAUCUUAAUGAUGGUGUUUUUGAUGAUCAAACUCACAUUUUGCAUGGUUUGAUUCAUUGUAACGGAUUUGGGCAUUUGAUUUGCAUUAAUGGAAAUGAAGGCGGAUCCAAAUUUCUCUGUGGCCGCGAAGUUAUGGACCUUUGGGAUCGUAUUUGCACUAAUCUUAGAGCUCGGAAAAUCACUGUUGAAGAUAUAUCGAAGAAGCAUUCAAUGGAUUUGCGUUUGUUGUAUGGGGUUGCCUAUGGGCAUACGUGGUUUGGCCGAUGGGAUUACAAAUUUAGCCAUGGAAGUUUUGGGAUAAUGGAGCACAAUUAUGAAAGAGCUAUUGAAAUGCUCAGCUCAAUUGAACUUGAUCAGGUGAUUGAUGAUUUCAGAUACAGCAGCAGAUCCAAUGUAAUGAAACAGAUGGUUGUUUGCUAUAGAGGUUUGAGUGACACUCCUUUAACUACGGCCCGUGACCUCUUCAGAUUCAUGCUUGCUGUGAAGUCCUGCAAUUCAAUUAAGGAGAAGCCAAAUGUUGCUCCUGUUGUAAGAGCAUGUUCUUCGUCGAGAUAUUUGAUAAGAAAUGCUGCACCAAGCAAAUCUGAGGGGAAGGAAAAAUCAGCAAGGUAUAGAAAGUUUUCUAACAUUGCGGCAUCUCUUGACAGUAGAUGGCCAGUGAGAAGACUUGAGUUCACUGCAGAUGUGAUUGUUGAUGCAUUGAAAGAAAAGAAAGCAACAAACAGAUUCGGAAGUUGUGGUAUGAGUAGGCAGGAGGCGCGUGAUGCUGCUCGUCUCCACAUUGGCGAUACGGGGUUGAUUGAUUAUGUUCUGAAAUCGAUGAAUAAUGUGAUCGUUGGAGGCUAUGUAGUUCGUCGUGCUGUGAAUCGAGCUACCAGGGUGUUGGAGUACACGAUUCAGGAGCUUCGGAAUUGUGAUCAAUCUGAACAAGAAAAGCUCCCUGAGCCAGUUCAUAACUAUGCUGUUUAUCCUGGAACUGAUGUUUACAAUGAUGUUUUAUGCUUGUAUAAUAAUCUGCUAUUAAGCUUUGCAGAAUCUGAUGUGCUAAAGCUAGCUGUUAGGACAGUUUUGGAUAGUAAGCAUUUUGUGAAGGAAUGGCCAUUUAGGGAUGAUCCAGAUGACAUAUUGUUGAGGUUCAUCUGCUGCAUUUUGCCAAGUUCUAGUGGUUUGGAAGCUGUACUUAGAAAGGGAUAUCCCCCGGGAGAGAUGGUUGAAGUUCCUCUACAUUCGACAAUUGGUGAUUUAAAAACAGCUAUUGAGUCUGCAAUGAGGGACACAUAUUGCAUUAUGGACAAUUUUAUGGUAACGGAUAUUGUAGGGAUGGAAACAAUGGAAGAUUGUGAAGUGCUCUUUGGCAUUAUCGAGUCAGGCUCAGAACUUUGGGUGAGGGGUUUCGGGUUGGAUUUGGAAAGUGAGUUGAAAAAUGAAGGAGGGGCUGAUAAUUGGACAGUGAACUGUAGGUGUGGGGCUCGGGACGAUGAUGGUGAAAGGAUGGUUUCGUGUGAUAUAUGUGAGAUAUGGCAGCACACUCGCUGCUGUGGGAUCGAGGAUUCUGAGGUUGUGCCACCGUUGUUUGUGUGUGAGGCUUGUUGCACUUCACUUGCACCACCAAGAGCACAGAACAGCUUUGAGUUUGGUCUUUAUGCGACAUCACUAGUGCCUUGUGAUUCUGAAUUUGGUAUAUACUGAAGUUAG